AUGGCUGCCAACAGUUAUUACUACGGCGGCAAUCAGCAGCCUCCAAACCACCCUACAGCCCCUUACUACGACAGUACGCACGCGCCGUCAGAUUCAGAGCUUCCACAAGCCUACAACCCAGGCUAUUCGGAUGCUCACUAUGGGAGCCCAUAUGGCGCUCCGAACCACCAGCCCCAAACAGGUGCGUCGCCGUUUGAUACCGUAUUCGACGAUCACGCAUACCCAACGAAUUCGAACUCAGGGCCGGGCGGCGCGAGCAGCAGCGACAUCUCUCAACAAGGAUUCUACCACCAAGACACGGGCUACUAUGGCUCGAGGACGGAGAAUAUUCCGCUGCAGGACCACACGAGCAAGUCUCCCGAGGCUACUGACCACAUUUACGACGCGCCGGCUGGACAGUCAAAUCAGAGGCGUGACAAGCGAGGCAAGGUUCGGGUAGGCGAGCUGGGCAUGUUUGGUUCCAACAGGAAGCGCAUCCCAUGGCUAGUUUACAUCUUCUCGAUUGCGCAAGUCGCCGUCUUCAUCGCUGAGAUUGUGCGGAAUGGUCUUUUGACGGGCUCUCCCAUCAUGAUCAAGCCCCAGUUCAACCCAAUGAUCGGGCCAUCGACACAGGUCCUCAUCAACAUGGGCGCCCGUUUCCCACCUUGCAUGCACAAUAUCAAGGAAAUCCAAGGCUCCACGAUUCCCGUGCUGUUCCUCUGUCCAAACGCUACCAAGAGCACGCAAUUUUGCCCUCUAUCGGAGCUAUGCGGCUUCGGCGGCAAUGUCCCGGAUCCUCUUUUCGAUGGCAACGAGCACCAGUCCCCGAGUCCCAAUCAGUGGUGGCGCUUCAUCAUUCCGAUUUUCAUGCACGCCGGGCUUAUUCAUAUCGGCUUCAACCUGCUUAUGCAACUCACCAUCGGCAAAGAGAUGGAGAUGGCAAUUGGGUCGAUUCGAUUUUUCCUCGUCUACAUGAGCGCCGGCAUCUUUGGUUUCGUCAUGGGAGGAAAUUAUGCCGCCCCCGGUAUUGCUUCUACUGGAGCGUCGGGCUCUCUCUUUGGAAUUAUCGCCCUUACUCUACUUGACCUUUUAUACUCGUGGAAGGAGCGACGAAGCCCGGUCAAGGAUCUCCUGUUCAUUAUAAUCGACAUGGUUAUAUCUUUUGUUCUCGGGCUGCUGCCUGGUCUUGACAACUUUUCUCACAUUGGAGGGUUCUUGAUGGGCCUUGUCUUGGGUAUCUGCGUCUUACACUCUCCUAAUUCUCUGCGAAGGAGAAUUGGUCCGGAUCCAUUUUACUCAGCAGUGCCUGGUGCGGCGGAACCGGGCUCUGUUCCCUUUUACAAGAACCCAGUUGGCUUUUUCAAGGGACGGAAGCCUUUGUGGUGGGCCUGGUGGCUUGUUCGAGCGGCCGCUCUUGUGGUCAUCAUCGUCGUCUUUGUUGUUUUGAUCAACAACUUUUACAAGGUUGGCAAUACUUGCAGCUGGUGCAAGUAUCUUAGUUGUCUUCCUGUCAAUGGAUGGUGCGAUCUCGGAACCAUCAAGGUACAGUAA